CACGAAACAAAACAGAAGUUUUGAGCGCAGAAUGAGUUAAGUUUUGAUUUUUUUUUUAUAAAUUUUAUCGCGUGCUAGCACCUUGGCAUUCGGUUGGAAUCCUUGCAAACAACUGUCAUUAAAACCAGCCGACAGGAUGUACUGGAAUCCGAAUCAUGCUGAAGAUGAAGACGAUAAUCAAGAGUAUGUGUUCGGUGGGCGCGAAGGUCUUUUGGCACUGAUAGAUUGCGGCGAUUACAUGUUCGCCGAAAGAAGGGAUGGCUUCACGAAUUUCAAGGAGUCCCUGGAAUUGGUCGAGGCCAUAAUGAGAAACAAAAUAAUUAGCAGCGAAAAGGAUUUGGUCGGCGUGGUGUUUUUCAACAUAGAGCACAGUCCUGCUCCUCCGGAUGAAAUCGAACUUGAAACUGGAUUGGUAGUUCCAAAGAAAACAGCAAUUUAUAUGCCACUGUCGAAUCCAUCGGCUGAUUCCAUUCGUAAAAUUAUGAAUUUCCGGGAAUCUGACGACCUUUUCGACUUUGAUCGCAAAUUUGGCCAUUCGCAAGAUAGCAACAUGGCUGACGUCCUUUGGCUUUGCUCACGAGUGUUCACACGUUGUGGCUAUAAAUUGGAGCAAUCGAGUAUCGUACUAUUCACGUCCAACGACGAGCCACAUUCUGCGGGGAGCUAUGAGUACCAGCAGAGCUUCGUCAAAGCCAAAGACCUCCAGCAAUUGGACGUGAAUAUCGUUCUCAUUCCAAUGAGCGAAGAUUUCGAUGGGUCCAAAUUUUAUCGGGAAUUUCUAUGUACGGUGGCAGAGGAAGAUCCUGAUCAGUUCCGUUUUCCUCGCUAUCAAGAAUCACGUGAACCUCUGUUGGCCAGAAUAUUUAGGCGUGAUUUCAAGAAAAGGGCUCUAUCUCACAUCCAGUGGCAUUUGGCGGACGAUGUCUCGCUAGGAGUUAACGUUUACUCUCUUUCAAGAAAAACGAAAUAUCCUUCGAAAGUGAAAUUACUGAGGGACACAAACGAAGUAAUCAUCUCCAAACGGUCGUAUCAAGCAACAUCUGUGAGUGAUGAUCUGUCUGAAUCGCACAGCAAACUGCUCCUUCCGGGAGAUCAAAGAAAAACUCUUACCAUCGGAGGCGAGAAAGUAAUUUUUUCAGUGGAUGAGGUCACCAAUAUGAAGCAGAUGCUUCAGCCGGGAAUGCGUUUGUUGGGAUUUAAACCAAUUACCAAGGUAUCUCCGGGAAAUCACCUGAGAAGUUCGCUCUUUUUGUAUCCGGAUGAAGGUUCCAUUGCUGGUUCCACCGUACUAUUUCGGGCUCUGUAUGAAAAGUGUCUUUCAAAGCAAAAAGCAGCCUAUUGUAUGUUCACCAUGAGGCGAAAGCAGCCAUCGAAAUUGGUUGCACUGGUUCCACAAGUAUGUUGCUGUGAUGAGGAUGGCGAACCAUUUCGUCAUAGUGGAUUCAGAAUUGAAUUUAUUCCAUAUGCAGCUGACAUGAGAAAAUUGGAAGUUUUCGAGCGAUCUGCGCCGGAUGUCACACAACAGCAGAUAGAUGUAUUCAAGUCAAUUGCAAAGAAAAUCAAGUUCAAAUACCACCCCUCUCAGUUUGAUAAUCCGGUAUUACUUACAACCUACACCAACAUAGAGGCACUGCUCUUCGAUAAACAUGAUUUAGAAGUGUACGAUUCAACAAAGCCGGACGAUGAUCGGAUUGAUGGUAAAGUUGGACCUUUUGUGAAAACAAUAGCUGAUUUGUUUGGAGAGGACGUUAUUGAAACUACCAAAAGGCGAGCCAAAGCAGCUGAUGGUGAAGGACCGAGUAGCAAAGCUCAAAAACUAACUGCAGAUGUUGAUCCGGUAGCGAUUGUAGAAGCAAUACAGUCUGGAAAAACCGGGUCAUUACUUGUGGCGACUCUUCGGGCAUAUUUACAGCAACAAGGGGUUGAUGGAAUAUCGAGACUGAAUAAGGCAGACCUGGUGAACAAGAUAAAGCAAGACCAUAAUUUGUAAAUUCCAUUGUUGUAUGAUUUAUUAUUAAUAUUCAAUUUGUUAUUUAAAAUACACCAUUCUACGAUUUUAA